CAAAGCUUGCCGAAAUCGCCUAUUAUCUCACACCAGCUGAUUUUUGACAGAAAAAAUGAUUUAAAAAAAUUUGAAAUUAACAAACAGAAACAAAUUAUUAAUUAAUUAGAAAACAAUGAGCAUUACAAUGUUCAUGUUUCGUCAGUUGAAACAUUCUGCCUUUAAUCCAGCUCUAUUAUACACAGGUCAGUUUUUCCUGCUCCAUUCAAAUAAUAUUCACUCUAACCUAAAAGUGAAAACUACAGAAUUUCAUAUUCGAAACUCCUCCUCGAACUCUUCGGACGAAACUCUCAGUCCUCGAAUGCAAGAGUUCAAAAAGAAACUGAGAGAGAAAACUCCAAUAGGAAAACUGGACCAAUCUUCAGCCAAGCAUCCCUGUGAAGAACAAGAGCCUUUGGAUCCUUGGCCGAACAACACCAACCCACACACUGGAGAAAUUGGUGGGCCAAAAGGACCCGAACCGACAAGAUAUGGCGAUUGGGAGCGUAAAGGACGAGUGACUGAUUUUUAGAUUCAUGUGUUUAUAUUACCUAAUUAGGUACCUAGUCUUUCAAAAAUAAAAGUUAUAUUUUCUUUAAGAGGCCAACAACAAGCCGUUAAAAAUUGAGAAAAAGGGUUGAUUUCCCGAAACGAGAACUCACUUAUUUUGUAAUAUUUUUUGACCGGAUUAGAAAAUAAUAAAAGAUAAAAAUCUAAAGAAUAAUGCUGUUGUUUUAGUUUUUCGAAAAAAAAAAUUGCAAAUUGAAAAUAUCACGACCUAAAUACUCGAAAAAAAGCAUCAUUUCUAUCGCUCGGUACAUCCAAACCCAUCGCUUUUUUAAAAAAAUGAAACAAGAGCAUUGUUCUAAAUUUUAUUAUCUUUUCGAAUCUUCUUGAUUCACUAAAAAAUAUUAAGUAGUUUUUGAGAUCUCGUCUCAAAUUGUAAGCCCUGCAACGCGGAAAUUCAAAAAUUUUGGCUGCAGCGAGGUGCUGCCUCUGGCGGAUUUAAUUUCGCACCGGGGUAAGUAAAAAUUACACAACGCGAGAGGACUGCAAGGCCAGUUAUUAGUUUGUGUAAAUAAUUAUGGUGAAUAUAUUUCAUAAUGAACUCAUAACGAACAAAGAUAACUUUACUAGAAUUCAAUAAACGAAAGAGGAUAUCAUAUAGCAUAGUUAAAUACAGUUAGUACGUGAAGGUUAGGAAUAAAAUCCAUCAAAAAUA